AUGUCUACCCCCGAAGAGAUCCAGGCCGCCAAGGCUAAAUACGCCGGCCGUCCCCGCGAAGAAAUCGCCAUCCUCUACGACUACGAACUCGCCAACGCCCCUGGCAAGUCCAUCGUCGGCCUCGACCUCCGCUACGCGCCCGGUGGCUGGAGCCCGCCGCACAGGCACGCGGGUGCGCAGGCGGUCGCUUAUGUCCUCGAGGGCGAGUUCCUCAGCGGGAUGAAUGGGAACCCACCCAAGGUGUACAAGCCUGGUGAGAAGUUUGUGGAGUUGCCCGGUUGCCAUCAUACCGUGUCGGAUAAUGCGAGCAUGACGGAGCCGAUGCGGGCGAUUGUGGUGUUGAUUGUGGAUACGGCGGUGUUGAAGGGGGAGAAGGGGUAUGCGGCGUUGACGGAGAUUGAUGAGGGGUGGGAGUAG